CAAUGUUUUGCUUUUGAUGGUUCCUCGAGUUCGAGUUUCACAUGAGUUUCACCCACAUGGCCCAGUGACUGUUUUACUCUUUUCUUGUAAAAGGACAAUCCUCAUCAUGAAAGACAAGAAUUUUAAAAAGAUUAAGAGAAAGAACCCUCCUACUGAAAAAAUGCCAGUGGCAGAAAAUGAAGAGGCUUUACCUGGCACCAGAAUUGGAAUGAGUAUUCUACACAACAAUGGAUUUGAUGUUCUCAAAGGCAGUGUCUCAGAGGAAACACUAAAAGGCAUUGCUGAUAUGGGCUUCACAAAAAUGACGGAAAUUCAGGCAAAAGCCCUCCCUCCAUUACUUGAGGGUCGAGACAUCAUAGGAACAGCCAAAACUGGCUCUGGGAAGACUCUCGCGUUCCUGAUCCCAGCCAUUGAACUCAUGAAUAAGUUGAAGUUCAUGCCAAGGAAUGGAACGGGCGUUAUCAUUAUCUCUCCAACAAGAGAGCUUUCUAUGCAGACAUUUGGUGUGUUGAAAGAACUUAUGAAGUACCACAAUCAUACAUAUGGAUUGGUCAUGGGAGGAGCAAAUAGGCAAACUGAAGCCCAAAAACUGGCUAAAGGUGUCAAUAUACUUGUGGCAACUCCUGGUAGAUUACUUGAUCAUUUACAAAAUACCCCAACAUUUUUAUACAAAAACCUCCAUUGUCUCAUCAUUGAUGAAGCAGACAGAAUUCUAGACAUUGGAUUCGAAGAAGAUCUUAAAAUGAUAAUUAACCUACUUCCAAAAAGGAGACAAACUAUGUUAUUUAGUGCAACAACGACAGAAAAAACAGAAAUGCUAAGCAAACUAGCACUGAAGAAAGAGCCUGUUCAAGUUGGUGUUGAAGAUAAUGAUGACAAGGCAACAGUUGAAGGACUUGAGCAAGGUUAUGUUGUUUGCCCUUCAGAAAAACGAUUCUUGCUUUUGUUUACAUUUUUAAAAAGGAAUCGGAAAAAGAAAGUUAUGGUGUUUUUCAGUUCGUGUAUGUCUGUUAAAUUUCACCAUGAAUUACUAAAUUAUAUUGAUCUUCCUGUCAUGAGUAUCCAUGGAAAACAAAAACAGGAGAAACGAACAACAACCUUCUUCCAAUUUUGUAAUGCAGAGACAGGAAUCCUACUGUGUACAGAUGUUGCUGCCAGAGGUCUUGAUAUCCCUGCUGUUGAUUGGAUUGUACAGUAUGAUCCACCUGAUGAUCCAAAGGAAUAUAUUCACAGAGUUGGAAGAACAGCCAGAGGAGAAGGAGGCAAGGGUAAUGCCUUGCUUAUUUUGCGACCCGAAGAACUAGGGUUUUUGUAUUAUCUUAAAAAAGCAAAAAUUCCGCUCAAUGAAUUUGAGUUUUCCUGGAAUAAAAUAGCGGAUAUUCAACUGGAGUUAGAAAAGUUAAUAGCGAAAAAUUACUUCUUACACAUUUCUGCAAAGGAAGCAUACAAGUCUUAUGUUCGAGCAUAUGAUUCUCAUCAUUUGAAAAAUAUCUUCGACAUUGACACCCUAGAUGUGGAAAAAGUCGCCAAAUCUUUUGGUUUUUUGGUACCACCAGCUGUUGACCUCCAAGUGAAUUCAUCGAAGGGAAAGCGUCCGAGGAAGCGGCACGGAGGAGGUGGAUACGGCCAUUUCAACAAAAUGAAUGAAGAAGAGAAAGAGGAAGUAGGAUUUAUUCAUAUAAAGAAGAAAAAGAAGAUGAAGAAGCCUAAAGAAACAGAAAAGAUAGACACCUACACAUACCUGAAGGAUAAGAACCUUGCUGCACUUAUCUAAGUAUUCCCUCUUUUAUCUAAUGUAUAUCAUAUGUAUAGAAUGUACAUUUCCAAUUGUUUUUUAACUAAGAUUUCCCCUUCUUUAAAUAAAAUAAUUAUUUUUCAAAAAA